AUGAGUCGUGAAAGAAAUUUACCACCUAUAAAACCACGCACUGGAAUUGUUGGUAUUGAAAGGGGAAUUCAGGAGAAGCAAAGAGUUACCGAUGCUAGCAUUUCGCAAGCUUUUCAAGACUUGAGCAAAUUAAUGGCAAAAGCCAAAGAAAUGGUUGCCAUAUCCCAAAGCAUUUCAAACAAAAUUAAAGAAAAACAAGGAAGCAUUACCGAAGAUGAAACAAUUCAAUUUAAGUCUUAUCUUUUAAGUCUCGGAAUUGAUGAUCCUGUCACGAGAGAUUCCUUUAAAUCGAACGAUCAAUACUUUACCAAUCUCGCAAGGCAAAUCUCAGAAGUUUUACUGACACCACUUGAAGAAGUUGGUGGCAUGAUGACACUGACAGAUGCUUAUUGUAGAAUAAAUAGAGCUAGAGGAUUAGAUUUAUUAUCUCCCGAGGAUUUACUAGAAGCCUGUAAAUUAAUGGAACAGUUGGAUUUGCCAGUCAUAUUAAGGCAAUUCGAUAGUAAUGUAUUAGUCCUGCAGUUGAAAACUUGUAAUGAUGAAGCUAUUGUUGAGUUAACAUCAGAUUAUCUAAAAGAAAAUAAUAUGGUAACUUCAUCACAAUUAGCUCAGGAAUUGGGCAUAUCUUUAACAUUAGCUCAUGAAAGAUUGUUAACUACAGAAAAAUAUGGUUAUGCAGUUCGUGAUGAUUCAUUAAAUGGAAUUACAUUUUAUUAUAAUUUGUUUCUUCAUGGAAAUGAAGAAUUAAUUAGUCUCUAUCAACAAGCAUCAACUCCGAAUACCAAGUGCUCAAACAAUACAGAUCAAAACACUCCAUCUUCGACGGGCAACGAAGAUCAAUCUAAAGAAAAAGUUUUUAAAUUUAAGGAUCCCAAGUUUCAGCAUAAUACAGUCAGCAGCAAAAGUCCAACCAAAAAGAAAAUUUGGAAAUCGUUAAAACAAAUUAUCGCUCAAGAAAGAGCUUUGCCAUGGGGAGAAAAUUUUGUUCAUUAUAUAACAAUAAAUGCUCCACCUUCUUUUAAACCUGCAAAAAAGUACUCAGACAUAUCUGGACUACCAGCUCCGUAUACAGAUCCGCAAACAAAACUCUAUUAUUCCACUCCGGAAGAAUUUCAAACGAUCAGAAGUUUACCCAGUGAUAUUAUUUCAGGUUAUUUAGCUUUGAGAAGAGCAAAUAAUCCAAUACCUUAG